CUUACAUUCGUUCUACACGGUUGCUGACCACUUUUAAAACUAUGACUAGAAAACUAACCAUCUUUAUAAUUCUUACGUGUCUUGUGCUACUCCCAACGUUUGUAUCUAGCAUCGAAGAGGCUAUAAAUUUCCUAGAUGUACGCGGCGAACUUAAAAGAUUGAAUAAUCUUUAUGCUUUUAAUAAUUAUAACAUAACAACAGAGUUAAGUCUACUGGAUGUUUUGAAAUUUAUAUUUCGCCCUGAAUACAAAGAGGCUAUUAGGAAUGCUGAAGACGUAUCUGAAGAAUGUCGAGAAAACAUGAUCGCCUACAUAGAAGGCAAAGAAGCGGGUGCAGAUUUCGCUAACAGAAUGUACUAUUCAAAUGGGGAUAUUCCGGACAGAAAGGCCCUCUGGAGUUUAGACUUCCAUUCCUAUGGCAACUAUGAACUUUGUGUUGGUGUACCUGAGAAGAGCCCGGAUGCGACUUUUGCGACCAAACAAUGCGGUUUAGUAAUUCUACCAUUUGAAUUUCGUAUAGCGUAUUGUUUUCCUGUGUCGUGCACUAACAAUGAUUUGAAAGAAAUUACAAAAGCAGUAUUGGUUGAGCACUGGCUUCCUUGGCCAAAACCGGGUAAAGAAUUCAACAAUUUUGAAUACCAAUGCAUCGAUGAAGUUCCUUGGUCAGCCGGUUCAAUUGUCACAAUGUGCAUUAUAUCUAUACUUGCUGCUCUUGUCAUCGCGGGGACUAUUUUCGAAAUUGUUAAAGACUACACCACCAAACAAGAGGGAGUAUUAGUGAAAUACCAAUCGAACGAAAAUUAUGGAUUUACACAAGCAGAUGAAAUUCUUAAAUCUGGCGCGAAAAUACCAGCUAUUGAAGCUAUCAGUCACGAGGUUCCCUUUGAAGUGACAACCAGUUCAAGUUUACCUAUAAACGAAAAGGCAAAUGUGAAAAAUGAAAGUUUCUCAAAGGUGGAAAUAGAUGGCGUUAGACCACCCCCAAACGUUGACAAAAAUAUCGUUUUAGGUCAGACUUUACUUAGUUUUUCCGCUCUUACAAAUGGCCGAAAAAUUCUAAAAGUAAAUUCAAAAAGUGGACAGUUAGAUUGUCUAAACGGUAUCCGCGUACUGAGUAUGUGGUGGGUGAUUCUUGGCCAUGCUACAUCAUUUCUCUUUCUUCGAAUCGAUAAUUUUCCGUACCUCUUCGACGUAUACAAAAAAUUUACUUUCUUGGCGAUCAGUAAUGCAACGUUUUCUGUAGACAGUUUCUUUGUCCUAAGUGGAUUACUUAUCACCUAUUUAACUCUAAAACAUCUUAAGAAAUUCAACGGACGAAUAAAUUGGGCUAUGUUUUACUUCCAUCGAUUCUGGCGUUUGACUCCGUUUUACAUGGUGGUGUUGUCAAUUCAUGCUAAUCUUAUAGUAUAUUUUGGGAAGGGACAAGGCUUAAUUGAGUGGGCACAGAGAGAACACAACACUUGUGCAAACUACUGGUGGACAAAUCUUCUAUACAUCAACAAUUUAUAUCCAUUCCCAGGAAGCCUCACUACGCAGUGUAUGAGUUGGGCUUGGUAUUUGGCGAACGACAUGCAAUUUUUCGUCAUCAGUCCGUUUAUCAUUAUUCUUUUACACAAACGUUGGAGGGUUGGAAUUUCAGCAAUAGGUACACUGUGUCUGCUAUCCUUCGCUGCAACGGCUUAUAUUGCCACGUAUUGGGGGAUGAUUGUUCAAGGCGGUGCAUACAAUCAACAAUCUUACAACAACCGUACUCAAGAGUUAGAGCCGGGGAACGAUGAUCUCAUUUACGGAAAACCUUACUGUCGCAUACCCGCAUACUUAGUCGGUAUGGUAGUCGGCUUCAUUCUCUUUAAGAUUGACAAAAAGAAAGUAAAAUUCCCAUUGCUGUAUGUACUACUUGGUUGGGGCGUUGCCAUUGCUACUGGUCUUGCUGUUAUCUAUGGCUUAUGGGGCACAUAUGAGCCCAAGCAAAUGGACCAAGGUGUCGCUGUUUUCUAUACCACUGUUUCCCGAUUCGCAUGGUCAGUGGCAGUCGGCUGGGUAGCGUUUGCUUGUGUCACAGGUUACGGAGGAUUCGCCAAUACGCUUCUUUCCUGGGGAGUGUGGGGUCCUUUAGGACGUCUUUCGUACGGUGCAUACCUGGUUCACCCUUUUCUUAUAUACAACUUGAUUCUUUCCAUGAAAACCGGAUUUCAUUUUACUUACGCAAAUCUUUCUGUAUUCUACAUUAGUGUCCUGGCGUUGUCCUACGCAUGUGCCUUCGUGUUGUCGCUUCUUGUCGAAGGUCCUUUCAUGGCGCUGGAAAAAGUAAUUUUUGGGAAACAGAAGAACGAAUAAUAAGCUUCAAUUCGAUUUUUGAUAUACAAAGUUGAAAGCAGUCACUUGAUUAUACACUGUUUAAUAAUAAGGACCACCAUUCAUGAUGCCGUCACCAAACCUGAUUAGGGGAUUGUAAUCAGAUAAUUGAUGACUGGUGCUGUAAACAAUAUUGAAGUGUGUCAGCAUUUUAUUUGUCACCGAAACUUAUCACUUAGUUAAAAUCGGCUAAUUUAUUUGAAACAUAACGUAAGUAGUUGUUUACCAUAAUAGUUUAAGAACACCAAUAAAUAAAGAGAAUAAUGCUAUAUUAAUUUACUUAUAUUAAAUGACGU